AAAAUUUCAGACGGAAAACAAGUAUAAAAAAGGCAGAAAAACCAGUGUAAUAUCAUGACUCAGGUCUUUUAUUCUCUAGAAAAUUUAGUUUCCUUUCAUUUUCCACCAUGUGAUUCCUUUACAUAAAAUGCCCGUCGUCGAUUCCUCUCCAUUUCAUUCCUUUUCUUUUCCCUUUUCUCAGUGAUUUCCUGCCAUUUUUCUCACUUAUAUAACUUGAAGAUCUAGUGUUAGAUUUUCUUAUCCCUGAAAACAUUUUUUUCCCUGAAAGUCUUUUAUAUUUCCUGAAAUGGAAAAGGAUAAAUCUCCAGGCUUACCGCCAUUGUCAGGUCGAUUUUCGGGGUUUUCGUCCGCCGGAAAUGCUCCAAAUACUUUCAGUGUGAGACCCGAAACAUGCAGUUUCGGUCAAACUACGGAACCGAAUGGUUUUAGUCAUGAUAUUAGCAAAAUGCCUGAUAACCCACCGAAGAACUUAAGCCACCGCCGUGCCCAAUCCGAAAUCGUUACUCUUUCUGAAGAUAUUAACUUCAAUAGUGAUCUCGGUGUCGUGGGGGAAGCUGAUGGGCCUAUGGAUUCUGACGAAACAGAGGACGAUUUAUUGACUAUGUAUCUUUAUAUGGAUAAGUUCAAUUCUUCUUCUGCCAACUCAACGUUUCAGGUUGGUGAGUCAUCAACGCCGGCUGGUCUGGCUUCUGCUCCGGUGGCUGCUGUGGGUGUGGGAGCAGGAGCAGGAGCAGGAACUGGGAUGUUAGCUGGUGAAAAUAUGAGUAUUGGUGUUGGGUCUUCUGAUAAGCCUAGAGUUAAGCACCAACAAAGCCAGUCGAUGAAUGGAUUGACGAGUAUUAACCCGGCAAUGUUUAUGUCUUGUCCGGAAGAGCUUUCACCUGCUGAUUCUAAGAAAGCUAUGUCCGCUGCUAAGCUUGCCGAACUUGCUCUUAUUGAUCCCAAGCGUGCAAAGAGGAUCUGGGCGAAUAGGCAGUCUGCUGCAAGGUCAAAGGAAAGAAAAGUACGAUAUAUAGCUGAGCUUGAACGAAAAGUACAGACAUUGCAAGCAGAAGCAACAUCACUCUCUGCCCAGCUGUCUCUGUUACAGAGAGACACCAAUGGUCUGACCGUUGAAAAUAGUGAAUUGAAACUGCGCUUGCAAACAACGGAGCAACAGAUUCACUUGCAAGACGCAUUAAAUGGUGCACUGAAAGAGGAAAUCCAGCAUCUGAAGGUACUGACUGGCCAAUCUGUGCCAAAUGGUGGACCAAUGGUGAACUUUGCGCCUUUUGGAGCUAGUCAGCAGUAUUACCCAAACAAUUAUGCUAUGCAUGCUCUUCUAACAGCACAGCAGUUUCAGCAACUUCAGAUUCACUUGCAGAAGCAACAGUAUCAGUUCCCACCUCAUCAACUGCAUCAGCUUCAGCAGCAACAGGAGCAACAGCAACAGCAACAGCAAACAGGGGAGAUGAGAGUUAGAGGAUCCAUGCCUUCCCCCAACCAGAAAGAUUGCUCAUCAGAAGUCAGCUCAACCGCAUCAAAGGAUUGAGGAGUUAGAGGUCCAUAGGGCCGGGUAUUGAUGGGCCUUUGCCAUUGUUCUAAAUCUUGGUUGCAAUCCAUUGCUAGAUGGGACAUAUUUCAUCUUUUCAUUUGUCCUUUCUAUCCCUUUCUAUAUAACAUUUAUAGGUUUUUAUAUUUAAUUUUAGUUGGAGAUAGACCUAAGAUAUAUAUAUAAUAUAAUCGGUUUAGUUUAUCGUUUCUGGAAUUGUCCAAUUUUCAUCCGUUCCAUUGCUUUUAUCACUAGGUUGAAGAGCAGCCGCGCUGUUGAGGCCUUAGGUAUGAGCUUGUCGUGAGUUUCAAUCUCGUGUGAUGCAUUCAAAAUUCCUAUAUGAAUGUCAUAGGACACGAUCGAGAUUUUACUUGUCUUAUAAGUGUUUCACAGCAUUAUUUACAUAGGCCAGCUGGCAUACUAGAGUGGGAUUCUUUUGAUAAGUUAUCUUGAUUGUCGCAUUCCUCCCCCCAUCCAUGUCCUAACAAGGACAAAGAACAACACCCAAACUUCUGAACCGAGUUUGGUAGCAGCUGGCCAAGGAUUUGACCUCGUUUAUCUUUAUUUAAUACAUAAAAAGAAAGCUAAAGAAGUAGCAUGGGAAACAUGAACAGGAGUCAAUUUUCAAGCAUGGUUUGGCUUUGGAAGAAGAGAAAAUGUGCGUGGAAAUAGGCCUACCCUUCGGUUUAUGAGCUAAAACCAACCCUUUUUGAGAAAUUAUUGACUUCGACUGAGUUGAAUGAACAUGGUAUGGGA